UACUUAUUGAUGCGUAUUAGCCAUAAAUGUGUUGGGUGUUGGGUGCAUUGGGUUGCAAGUUGCAAAACAAGCAGAGAAUAUUCGUGCAAUCGGUUCAAUCUGUCAAAUCUGAAAUCAGUGACACAGCGUGCUUGUAAUGUAUUGGUGUUUUAAUAAGUCUUGGUAAAUCGGGUAGCAAAGGAAGCCGGAAGGAAUUGUGGGACAGUUCGGUGAUCAUGGCACGCAAUCAAGAUGAGGCCAAACAAGUCGUGCGAGUGGACCAGGACUCUGAGACUGAUUUACAAGCUUUAUUUGACAGUGUAUUGAAACCGGACUCAAAACGACCUUUACAAGUGCCAUGGAGCAUGAGAAAAUUGCCUGAUUCGUUCUUUACACCACCCUCAACGGGCUCAAAAUCCAUAAAUCAUUCUCGCGAAAAUUCGGUGGAUUCUGCAUUUGAUGUUUCUGGUCCCGUGAAUUCUGUGCCUUUACAGACGGCCCAUCACAGAGCUCACAGUUCUCCGGCUUCUUUGCAACAGACCUAUGCGGUAGGUCAACAACAGCCCCCAGCUCAUCAUCAUAUCAAACAAAGGUCUUACGAUGUCGCCAGCAAAUCUGAAGACAACACCCCCCUUCCCCCUGGCUGGGAACAGGCCCGCACCCCUGAGGGCCAAGUCUAUUAUUUAGAUCACACCACACGAACAACUACAUGGGAGGACCCGAGAAAGACUUUAGCAGCUACUCAACAACAUCAGAGCCAAGAGCACCUUGUGUCACACCCACAUACGUCUCCUACUUCAACUAAUGCCAAAGUAAAUAAUGACGUAGAGUUAGGAGCAUUACCUGAAGGCUGGGAGCAAGCUCAAACUCCGGAAGGGGAAAUAUAUUUUAUAAAUCAUCAGACACGCACAACCUCUUGGUUUGAUCCCAGAAUCCCUCAACAUCUACAGCAAAGGUCACCUGGUAGCACUUUGGUGCAACCCCCAUGGCACGCCUCCAUUUCCUCUUCUCCACAGAAAGCCCAACAGAUUAGACUUCAGCAACUACAAUUGGAGAGGGAAAGGCUAAAACAGAGACAGCAAGAGAUUAGGCGACAACAAGAGAUAAUGAUGAGACCUUCUUCCACAGAUUUACCAGUUAUGGAUCCGUUUUUGUCGGGUUUGACUGAUCACUCUCGUCAGGAAUCAGGAGAUAGUGGGCUUGGCAUGGGUACCAGUUAUUCCAUGCCACAUACUCCAGAGGACUACCUAUCAAAUAUGGAAGACAACAUAGAUGUGGGAAGUGAUAGUCAUCCCCUAACUCCAGACAUGUCCAUAAGUGACAAUAUUGAUUCCACUGAUUUGGUGCCGACAUUAUCCCUUGACGAAUUCCCAAUAUUGGACGAUGUCCAAUCAUUGAUUAAUCCUGCGACUACCAAACCGGAUAAUAGUUUGAUUUGGUUGUAAGUUUAAAGAAACGUUUUUGUAGUUUAUCUCAUGCAGUGAUCAUCUAAUUACGUUAGGUUGCAGAAAAAAUCUGAAAUUGAGCUAAAUACUUAAACACAUUCAUUAUAUGGUAGUCUGCAUUUAUGGGUAUCAACGAAAAAUUCUUGUACUUAGAUCUAUCUAAUUGCCUUGCUUUGAUGUGGUUAGUAUUCAUAUCAAUUUUCAAAAGUCUGCAAUUUCAACCACCGCUGACAAUCUGCUUGAUUUACAACGCACAAUUUCUUGUUGAUAUUAGGAUUACAAUGUCGUGGACAAAAUUUGCUAAGCAUUGGGAAUUAUGGGAUUAUUGCUAAUUAAGCUAAUUUGGGUUGUAUUAUCCUGAGUUGAUCAAUCUAGUGUUGGUGGUAUGUAGCUGCAGUAAUAUUACUGCAGCUACACACCAGCAACAGCUGCAGGUAUUGUUAUAGCAAACUUUUUGUAUGAUCUUUAACUAUAAGAAAAUAAUUGUGAUGAAGCUGACCAAUAACGCAAAAGGCAAGGAAUUGUGCAUUGUACAACUCGCACUAAAGCAUAGUAACUAACCAGUGCAUAGGACACUGUUGGCAUUCGAAUGUUCCAGAAUUCGAACAUUGUUAAUUGAUUAAGUAUGUUUUAAUAGUCGCUAUAUGUUGUUGUUAAGGUUUCCUAAAAUAUGUGGAAUAUUUUGAUACAACGGUUCUUUCCUUAGAGGAUUGCGUGCACUAAUUAAUUCAUAUUACUUGUGCCUUAAUCACCCCAUUAUGCAUAUCAAACACCGACUUAUUAAGCUCAGAUGCACGACAAAUUAUUCUGUCCCAACCAAUCGCUUAGUAUUCUUAUUUCAUUUAUAUUAAGAAGAAGAAACAUGUAAUUUUGCUUUGUUUUUGUUAAGCAUUUGGAAAUGACUGAAAUAGUAUAAAAUUUAGAAUGCCUUAAUCGAUGCUAAACAAUUGUAAAACUUAAAUUAGUAGCUCUAUGAUUGGGGCCGUAUACACGAAUGCAAACAAAAUUUCUUGCACUGUAUCGUGUAUUGAUGUUAUUAGAAAUUUCGAAAAGAACUAUUUUCCAUAAUAAUAUUGUUUUUAGAAUUCUUCGAUUCAUAACAAUUACGGUAAUAUAUGCAUACGCAUACUUAAUACUACGGUAUAUACGUAUUGGUCUGUUUAAUUUUUAAUGCAAUUAAGAGCAUGUUUCAUUUUGACUCAAAUUUAUUCUACAGGUAAUUUUUGAUUGGGAAAAUUAAUUGUUGACAUUUUGUGAUUGAUAUUUGUUAGGCAUGACGGUAUUUGUUACGGCAUUUGUGCAAUUGGUUAACUUCGUUGAACAAGCUGCGCAAUUUUUACAUCUCUAUUUUACUUGGGAUUUAUCGCAAUUUGUUUAUACUUAAAAGAUACUUAUUACUUGAUUGUUUUAUUAUUAUCGGACUAGAAUUAAUUGGUGAUAAUAAUAUUAUGACAAUUGAAUACAUUUUUUUUUAUCAAAAUACCCAAUGAAAAGAUAUUGUAUUGCACAGACUACCCUUGAAAGCAAGUUGUCUUGAUGCGAUAAUCUUAAAGCUGUUUCUGUUAACCAAGAGUUAACUAGAUAACAUGAUGCUCAUUAAACAAAUCCAUCCAUUAUGGUGCCUUAGUGUAAUAAUUAUACUUGUACAUAAAUAAAUAUAGAAAAACCUAUUUACGUAUAUUGUUUUGUAAUCGUAUUUAUAUCUACAAUUAUAUUUUACAAUACUAUUUUAUUAGAGUGCCUUUCACAAAAAUUUUUUAUAUAAUGUUACGGAUAUACACCCUCCUGAAGUAAUAUUCAAUAUUGAUUUAGAUGAAGUAGAUAUUCAUAAGGAGAAACAUUACUGUCAGAAGCUUAUUCAUCAUUUUAGGAAUGUGCUUAAAAAAAAUUUUGAGAUAAUGCAUGUUAAUUUUUCAUAAUUUAUUAUAUGAAUUUGUCAUCACAAUCAUUAAGUUGGGUUAUUAUAUUUAAUUAUAAGGGAUACUUUUUCGUUACUCCAUUUUGCAUCGUUUAUUAAUGAUAUUAAGACGACUAUUGUAAAAUUUAAUCAAAUAGUAACUCAUAUUACUCCGUUAGAAUUUUUUGCACCGCAAUGAAAUCGAAUUCAUGUACGGCAAUAUUGUUACACGAAUACAUAACCAUCAUUAUUACAUAUACAAUAAUCCUUUAACUCAUUUGCAGCUGAUUUUCACUUGAGAAAUUAACAUAUUGUUGUUUUUCGUUCGUUCUGGCUCUGAUUUUAAGGAUUUGAUCUUCGCUGCAAAUUCGAGAUCUUUAUAAUCUUCGAUAGGCACGCCUAGAAUUUGAAAUUUUACUGGUCUACAGAGAAUAUUGCUAUCGUUUAACAGAAGAUUGUUGAAAACUUCAGCUUACGUCGAAAAUUGUUUAUUGUUUAAAAGAGAUCAAAAAUUUAUUUAGCGGUGAUUGUCGAUUUAACUUAACGACCAACUGUCGUACAAAUUGUAUUGGAAUUUGAGACAGAUUUCAGGACUGGAGUGAUUUCUAUCAAGAAAAGCAAUAGUUUUUAAAUACUCAUUUAGAAUUAUAUGAUGUACUGUAAACUUAUAUAGGCACAAGGAUAUACGGCUGGUAUCUUAUAAAUUGCUUUCAUAUUUAAAUAAAAUUUAAAAAUUGUAUUGACCUUCAUUCAAUUUGUAGUCAGUUAAUUGUAAUAUUCCUUCCUUGUGCGUUAUAAGUUUUUACAACACUGAAAAUUAGACUCUUGUCUUUGACCAUAUUCAAACUAUUCGCUGUGAUAUAUAAAUUCAAUUUAAUAAAAGCUUUUAAUUAUCAAAUGUCAAUUUAUAUUUACAGAUUAUAGUUUUCGUAAUGUUGCUUAAACCGAUCAGUCUCGUCCCCUGAGCUUUUUUAAUUCAAUUUGGAGUUUAAUUUUCAAUAGAAUUAUAGUUUACUUUAGUUAAGUAUUAAUGUUUAUUUACUUUUUUAUUUUUUUUGUAAUAUAGUUUUUCAGUAUGUCACGCAGAAACAUUUGGAGAAAGUCCAGGGUAACAUUUUCUGCACUAACUUUUGCGCCUGUUUUUUAAAUUAAUAUUAUUUACAGUAAGUGAAAAUACCCUGUCAACAUUGUUUUCGCGAAAUAUUUGAACAUUCAAUAGUAAAAUAAAUUUGCUCAUUAGAAGUAGACAGUAAAACAUUGUCUGGGCAUUACUAAAUUAUUAAAUUUAAGAUUCUGUUCAAUCGUCGAUUCUAGUUAGUAGUAUCUUUCUAUAUCCUUAAUUUUAUCGUAUUAUUUUAUAUAGUACUAACGUUGAUCCCUCUAAAAUUAAAUAAAUUGUUAAUUUUUCGUAAUAUUUAAUUUUCAAUAUAGCUUCUCGGUUUGUACAAGACAUGUCUGUAUUGUAAAUAAACAUGUGAACGUAUA